CGGGAAGGUCUCCGUCGGCAUCAUCAUUUUCCAGCAAGAUGUCAGUGCAGAAGAAUGAGGGCCAGGACUUCCAGGCUGGACCUUUAUCUGUAUUGAGCCACAGUGUGAAGACAAGUGCGCAGGUGCUAAUCAGCUGCCGGAAUAAUCGAAAGCUUCUCGGUCGGGUAAAAGCUUUCGAUAGACACUGCAACAUGGUCCUGGAGAACGUAAAAGAACUGUGGACCGAGAUACCAAAAACCGGGAAGGGAUGCAAAAAAGCAAGAACCAUAAGCAAAGAUCGCUUUCUAAGCAAGAUGUUUAUUCGCGGAGAUUCUGUGAUUCUUGUGCUCCGGAAUCCGAAAUGAUAUGUUUUGCAGGAUCUGACCAGUUGAAUCUGAGAAGUGCCAGGGGUUGUUCAAACUCUUGCAAACAAGCUUAAGGCGCGUGUGCCCGUGAAAACCUUCGAGUGCAUGAUCCUAUUGAAAUGGUCUGCGAGGCUCGGUCAUUCGGUGUCAUCGUGAUUGCUCAGCUUGCUCGUCAUAAGUCACCAAACUGCAAAGAAACCACAAAGUUCUGCGAAGGUAUUACCUUAUUCUUUUUAGGAGGAUCUUGUAGGCGGAGUCAAACUUUCAGAUUCACGUGAUGGUAGGCAACCCGACUACAAUCUUCCUGACCCAGCUUCAAAAGUUCCAGUUGACUUUUCCCACGACCAGGCGAGUUCCGCCAACGCGAUGCUUUAGGCAGGGCUCAAGAUACGGCAUUUUGUGUCAAGAGUUCUACUUGAAUAGUCAUCUUGGUAUCAAAUAAAUCGCUAGUCAACGCACGCC